AUGCUUGGACAAUUUUCUGAAAAGUCAGAUAUUUUUAGUUUCGGAAUCAUCGUUCUCGAAAUUAUUACAGGCAAAAAGAAUGCGAAUUCUUAUGAAUCACAGCAUGCGGAGGAAGGUCUCAUGACUCAUGUGUGGAGACAUUGGAAGAAUGAAACAGCAAUGAGUAUAUUGGAUCCAAAUAUGAAAGAAAAUGAUUAUGAAAGUGAAGUGAUUCGAUGCAUUGAAAUUGGUUUAUUAUGUGUUCAAGAGAAUCCAAAUGUGAGACCUAGUAUGGCAGCAGUUGUUUCAUAUCUUAAUAAUCAUUCACUUGAACUGCCAUCUCCUCAAGAACCUGCCUUUUUCUUACACGGGAUGGACAAAAAAGUAGUUACACAGGAAGGAUCAAGUUCCAGCAUAUCUGCCAACAGUUCCAUGCCAUUCUCUGUCAAUGAAAUGUCUGCAAGUAAUUUUUAUCCACGAUAA